GAGCGCCGCCUCCCCGGUCGUCCUCCCCUACCGCGCGCUCUCCACCCGCCCCGGAGCCUCGCCCUCCGCCACGAUGAGCAAAUGAGCGCGAGCGAGGGCAUGAAAUUUCAAUUCCACUCUGGGGAGAAAGUGCUGUGCUUCGAGCCUGACCCCACCAAGGCGCGAGUGCUGUACGAUGCCAAGAUCGUCGAUGUUAUUGUCGGGAAAGACGAAAAGGGCAGAAAGAUUCCAGAAUAUCUGAUACAUUUUAAUGGUUGGAACAGAAGUUGGGAUAGAUGGGCAGCCGAAGACCAUGUGCUUCGUGAUACAGAUGAAAAUCGGAGAUUACAGCGUAAAUUGGCCAAAAAAGCAAUAGCUCGCCUGAGAGGUACAGGAAAAAAGAAGAGACGCUGUAGGUUACCUGGUGUCGACUCUGUCUUAAAAAGUGUGCCAAUUAAAGAAAAAACUCAAAAUGAUGAAAACGCGAUAAGCAGUACCUGUCAGGACAGCUGUGGCAGAAAGAAUGAAGAACUAAAAGAACAUCGCCAGCGUCGUAUUAAAGUAAAGACUAAAGCGAAGAAAAAAGUGCUGUCGUUGCGCUCAAGAAAGGUCAUGGAUGAAAGAACAAUAACCAUAGAUAUCCCUGAAGUUCUCAAGAAGCAGCUUGAGGAUGACUGUUACUAUAUCAACAGGAGGAAACGGUUAGUGAAACUUCCAUGCCAGACCAACGUCAUAACAAUUUUGGAAUCCUAUGUGAAGCAUUUUGCUAUUAAUGCAGCCUUUUCAGCCAGUGAGAGGCCUCGUCACCAUCAUGCCAUGAUGCAUGCACAUAUGAAUGUGCACUAUGUCCCAGCAGAAAAGAAUGUUGACCUUUGUAAGGAGAUGGUGGAUGGAUUACGAAUUACCUUUGAUUAUACUCUCCCAUUGGUUUUGCUCUAUCCAUAUGAACAAGCUCAAUAUAAAAGAGUGACAUCAUCUAAAUUUUUUCUUCCUAUUAAGGAAAGUACCACCACAACUAAUAGGAGCCAGGAGGAGCUAUCUCCUAGCCCGCCUUUGUUGAACCCAUCCACACCGCAGUCCACAGAGAGUCAACCAGCUAGCGGUGAACCAGCCACUCCCAAGAGGCGCAAAGCCGAUCCAGAAGCCCUGCAGUCUCUGAGGCGGUCCACACGCCAUAGCACCAACUGUGACAGGUUGUCGGAGAGUAGCUCCUCACCUCAGCCGAAGCGUCGACAGCAGGACACGUCUACCAACAUGCCAAAACUGUUUCUGCACUUGGAAAAGAAGACGCCUGUGCAUAGCAGAUCAUCUUCCCCCAUUCCUGUGACUCCGAGUAAGGAAGGGAGUGCUGUAUUUGCUGGCUUCGAAGGGAGAAGAACCAAUGAAAUAAAUGAGGUCCUAUCUUGGAAACUUGUGCCUGACAAUUACCCGCCAGGAGACCAGCCGCCUCCCCCUUCAUACAUUUACGGUGCACAGCAUUUGUUGCGAUUAUUUGUGAAACUUCCAGAAAUCCUUGGGAAGAUGUCCUUCUCUGAGAAGAAUCUGAAGGCUUUACUGAAGCACUUUGAUCUCUUUCUGAGGUUUUUAGCCGAAUACCAUGAUGACUUCUUCCCAGAGUCAGCGUAUGUCGCUGCCUGUGAGGCACACUACAGCACCAAGAACCCCAGGGCAAUUUACUAAAGUUUCCGUGGUUCUGGAAAAAUUGCUGCACGGUGUGGCUUUAUAUUUUGGGUUCCAGGUGAAGCGUGAAUGAGAUGGUGGACUUCCCCUGGGGGUUCUCUGACAGAAGCAGGCUCUGUUGGUUUGAGUUGCUCACAUACUCUUAUUUCUGUUAAGAAUUAUUUUCUGAGCUGAACAUGGUGGAACAUGCCUAUAGGGGGAAUUGAUUUAAUUAAUUGAUUAAUUAAUGAUUUUUUUUUUGGUGUCAUGAUUAUUUCCUGGGUGUCUGAACGUGUUCCAAAGUAACACUGCUGCACAAACUGUAUGUGCUCGCAGGCUAAAAACAGCCAGAGCUGUAUUCGUAGGGAAACGUUCAUGAGCAGAUACUUAGGUUAAACAUUGUUCUGAUAGCCAUUGCGGUUGGUUGUUAACAAGAACCACGUUGUUUGAUUGUUUGUUAAUGUUAAACAAAAUGGUUUCGAAAACUGUUUUCUGUUCAACAGAUCUUAGUUUGUGCUUGGAAGCCACAAAGUACUCUGAAAGUGUUUUAGAGCGAAUUGAUAUUGAUGGCAAAGGAGAACUUGCAGCUAUGCAUUUCUUUUAGCAGUUCCCUUUCUCAGAAACAUUAUUUUUGUUGCUCUAAAUAAAGAAUUGCCUGUCUUGUUUGAGAUUUUACAGCCAUACUCUGCCGUGUAAUGUUAUAGUUCCUUUUCUAUAAAAUGUUAUUUUGGGUGAUCUAAAUAAAGCUUUGCCAGUUUUGUUUGAAAGAAGCAAGAGAAGCUUUGCUCUGGCCUUCCCUGUUCUUUUUAUUGCAGGGCAGCAGUGGGGGUAACCCUCGCUCACAACUGUUUCCCUUGUUUUCUCUUUGUACCCUUUUGGCCCUCGCUUUUUUGCUUGGGCCUCUCUUUGCACCGUGACUGUUGGUGGUUAUGAGAAGUCACUGUGACUAUAUGCCAACGUGUGGCUGUUCUGUAGGCCCUGAUGGGCCCAACACAUGUUUAUCCUUCUCCCAAGUUUACCAGCUGCCGUGCUCUGCAGCCGUCCUUCUCAUCUUCAUUUUACUCGCGCGCAUGCCUUUCCCCUCUAUGGUUUAGAGCGCUCUCAGUGACUGGAAAGGAUACCGAUGUCACGAAAGCAUUAAACAUAGCACUUGUCUUCUCUCAUGGCCCAGUUCAGUUGACUUUAAUUUCCAAAGGUCAUCGGUCAUGAACAACAGGAACUUCAAGGACUUGUAACUACAAAUGGUUUCAUUAAAGUGCCUUCUGCAUCACUGACUGCUAAGAUUCUCUACCUCCCAGGGGGCCGGAGUGUACACAUCUUCCUUUCUGCAUUUACUUGCUAGUGCAGAUUCAGGUUGGUGGGGACUGAUUGGAACAGCCUUCAAGGUCCUGGUAGGUAAGAUUGUUAAUCUUAAUUGUCAAUGUGAUGGAUUUAGAAUCACUGUGGAAGCACACUUUUGGUGUGUCUAUGGUACCGAUUAUGCAAAGUUUGAACCGAAGAGGAAAGAGCCAUCUUGCACACGAUCAGCACCAUGCAAUGGACUGGGGUCUGUGAUGCAGUGCAAAGGAGAAAGUAAGUGAAAUCCCAGCGUUCAUUUCUUGCUUCUUCCUGACUGCAUGUAUAAUGCAUAUGUAUUGCCAGUGGCUUCAUGUCCCUGCUGCCACGGCUUCUCUGCCAUAAGGGACUGGACCGUCAAGCUGUGAGCCAAAGUAAACCCUUUUCUCAGGGACUUUGUCGCAGCAAGCACAAAGGGAGCUGAUACAGAACAUUGGUACUGAGAAGUGGAGCUGCUGCGUUAAGCCUGACCAUGUGGGUCAUGGGCGUCUUGAUCGGGUUUAAAAGUUCAGAGUUUGGAACUUUGAGCCCGAGAAUUCUUGGAGUGCUGGAAGCAGAGUCGGAUGGGCAGUUCUGGUGGCGUUUUGAAAACUCAGGUGCUGAGACAGGAGUGGACAGUGGCAAUCUGGCUCGUGGAGGUUUGGAGAGGAAAGGAGACUAUUGAGAAUUGAGCUACUGGCCAUUUGUGUGAAAAUCUGACAGAAUCUGGUAUCAGCCCAUGUCGUCAGGGCUAUGUCCUGGGAACUCGAGUAAGGCUAGUGUCAAAAUUAAUGGAGUCGUUUGCUUGGUGGAAGAAAUCUGAGGCUCGGUUGCUUUCGGACUGUGUCAUGUUUACUGACUACUGCUGUCCUCCAGGUCUCCAGUGAAGGAAAGCACAAAUGGGGCAAAAGAAGACAGACGUUGUCAGCUUGGUGGGGAAAGAAAUGAGUGUAAAGGUGCAGGCAAGGCAGAUGCAGAGAAAGCAACUGGAAUUGUUCAAGAGAUUAGCAACAUUAACGAGAAGCCUUGUGCUCUGGAUUAGACAUUACUGAAGGUUUUCUGAAAGCAAAACCCCACCCAGUAAACACUCCCUUUUGUGAAAAUAAGAAUUCAUUUGAAAGGAGAAAAACCUAACCUGAGAAUAUUGCUGAAGGAUUCUCCUACUUCUAGAAAGCAGUUACCCAGGGAACCUUUCCCCAUGGCCCACACACAAACAUCAAUAUACCUGUAGUCUGUGGAAGCCAGCACAGCAGAAUUUUGCAAAAUGUCACCCACAUGGUAGUGACAUACAGCUGUGAAAGAUGCAUGACUGAAAGGGUCAUGGGGACGUGCACUAGAGUUCCCGGAAGCACUGAGAGCAGGCGAUGUGUAGCAGGGUUGGAGUCACAGUGGUGAGCCCCGAGAAGCCAUUAUGUGAAGAUGUGAAAGUGAAAUCUAAGCUUCAGUGUGGAGCCCAGAUGGUGGAGGUGCCAGAACUGUGGGUCAUCACCAGAGGGAAGCUGCAAGCAUGGAGAGGAGCUAGCGAAGACAAAGCUGGAGACCUGGGACCCCUCAAAACCCUUUGAGGCUCAUAUGAUUCCGUUAUGAGCUCCGGAUGCUGGACAUGUAGCUGCAGGAUUUGGUGUUUGCCCUGCUGGGUGUUGGUCUUUUCUUUGGUCUCAUCUUUCCUUGUUGUACUCUUGAUUCUUCCCUUUGGGAAUGGAGAUGUCUAUUCAUUGCCAGUGUAUAUUGAAAUUUUGUAAGUUGUUGAUUUUCUAGAAGUUUACAAGUAAGAGAUUGCCUUGAGUCUCAGGUGAGACUUUGGACUGUUUUACACUGUUCGAAUUGUUAAAGACUGGGCAGCUUUAGAGAAGGACUGAAUGCAUUUUGAAUUAUGAGAUGAAAAUGAGAGAUUAGCAGCCAGAGGCAGAAUGCUAUGAUGUACUGAUGUGUUUGGGGGUCAGGUUGGCCAGGGGUAGAUUAGCGAUGGUUAAUCUUGAUUGUCAACUUGGUUGGAUUCAGAAUCACCCUGGAAACACACGUGUGGAUAUGUCUCUAUGAAGGUGCUUCCCAAGAAGUUUAACUGAAGAGGGAAGACCCACCCUAACUGUGGGUGGCAGCAUUCCAUGAGUUGGGGUCACAGACGGAUCAGAAAGGACAGAGUGGAAACACCAAAAUUCAUCUCUCUCUGCUUCCUGACUUUGAGCCUUGCUGCCGUGACAUCCCCCACUGUGAUGGACUGUAUGUAUCGCUUCGAACUGUAAACCAAAAUAAACUCUUCCUUCCUUAA